CUGGACUCAGAGUUGGGACAAAAAAUUCAUUCAUUCGGUCUCGAAUAAUAUUUGGAAAAUAUUGAGUUACCAUUCAAAAAAACUCAAAAACAUGAGCUGGCAGAUGAAUGGAACGCGUGGGCGUUUGAUUUUCGCCUAUCUAUUGAAGUUGCGAGACUACAGCUAUCAAGUAUUGAAGCAGUAUGUUCUACUUAGAGGACGAGGAGGUGGUUUUUCUUAGUCCAGCAACUUCACUUGCGAGCCUUGCGUUUCUUUCUCUCCAGGUUCUUCGUGCGAUUCCUUGCAAGAGGCAUCUGACAAUUGCAAAACCCACACCUCUGCCCAGCGACAGUGCAAGGCGGAUCCAUACGACCGAACAGGAUUUGGUGAUCAACACACAACACCUUGAACUGAUCAUCUUGAGAGUCUUUGCCCAUUGCGGUGCUUUGUGGAUUGGUCCGCCGAGAUUGCUUUGUGAGAGCUGAGACUUGAGGUUUUGCAGGUAGCUAGGCAAUGGUAGCUGUGAGAGCAGUCGUUUGAAUACUGAAGACCCGGAUGAUUAUUCUGCG